AUGCACAACGCGGCGACGCGCGAACGAUACCCUCUGAACGGGCUUGCGUUGCCGGACGUGUACAAGGCCGGGCGCGAGAAGCUGCUCGCGGGGGCGGGCGGUACGGGCGGGGGCGCGGCCGAGGUCAAAACACAUCAGGAGCGUGAUGUCGGGUUUGACAAGUUUCUUAAGAGAAUCAAGGAGACGACGGCGGUUUUUAAGGGCGUCGAGGAGGGCAGCGAAGAGUAUGAGAGAAGGGUAGAGAGGGCGAGACAGAAGUACGACGCGAAGGUGAGAGGGAAGAGGGGGGAUCGAGGGGUGGUGGGGAGUGCGCAGGCGAGUGCGACGGCGCGUGCCGUAGCAAGUGGCACAGCGAGUGCGACGGCAAAUGGGGAGCGGAGCGUGGAACGUAGCGGGGAAUCGCUCGGGGAGGCCAGCGCUGAGGACAAGGAGCGCGCAGAGAAGCUCAAGGCGGAUGGCAACGCGAUGCUGAAGGCGAAGAAGUAUAGCGAGGCGGACGCGUUGUACACGCAGAGCAUCGAGUUGGACGGGAGUAACGCGGUGUACUACAGCAAUCGGGCGGCAGCCAAGCUGCAUUUGGAGCUGUACAUGGAGGCCGUGGAGGACUGCAAGAAGGCGAUCGCGCUCGACGCGACGUUUCUGCGGCCGCGGGAGAGGCUGGCGGCGGCGUAUCGACUGCUGGGGAUGGCGGACAAGGAGACGGAGACGCUGCGCGCGGCGCAGGAGCUGGCGCCGAGCAACGGCGCAAUCGAAAGACAGCUCGGGGAGGCGGAACGGAGGCUCGGAGGUGGCGCGGGUGCUGGCGGGGUGGGGAUGGGCGGUAUGCAAGGGAUGGGCGGUAUGCAAGGGAUGGGCGGAGGGAUGGACGGAGGGACGGGCGGAGGGAUGGGCGGGUUGCAGGGGCUGCUGGGUGGUAUGGACCCCGGGAUGAUUAACAACAUGGCGCGGGCCAUGGGGAUGCCGGACGGGGCGGUGGAGUCUUUUCUCAACUCGCCGAUGGCGGGGCAGGUGGGUGAGAUGAUGCGUAAUAACCCGGGGAUGAUGCAGGAGGCGAUGCGAAGUAUGAUGGGGGGAGGACGCGGGGGAGGAAAUGGGACGGGAUAG